UCUCUCUCUCUCUCUCUCUCUCUCUCUCUCUCUCUUUCUCUUUUAUUUUCGUCUUCUCUUAUUGUUUGCUCUUUGUUAAGCUUUGUAUGUGUGUUGAGAUUAAUGGCUUCAAGUGCUUCAAAGUUUAUCAAAUGUGUGACUGUUGGUGAUGGUGCUGUUGGUAAAACUUGUAUGCUUAUCUGCUACACCAGCAACAAAUUCCCUACUGACUACAUACCAACAGUUUUUGACAACUUUAGUGCAAAUGUUGUAGUUGAAGGCACCACUGUGAAUUUAGGUCUAUGGGACACUGCUGGGCAAGAAGACUAUAACAGAUUAAGGCCUUUAAGUUACAGAGGAGCAGAUGUUUUCGUCUUGUCUUUCUCCUUGGUCAGCCGAGCUAGCUACGAGAAUGUUUUUAAAAAGUGGAUCCCUGAACUCCAACACUUUGCUCCAGGAGUUCCCCUAGUCCUUGUCGGUACCAAAUUAGAUCUCCGUGAAGAUAAGCAUUAUUUGGCUGACCAUCCUGGACUAUCCCCUGUAACUACUGCACAGGGGGAGGAAUUGCGUAAGCUAAUUGGCGCGACAUAUUACAUUGAAUGUAGCUCAAAAACUCAACAGAAUGUGAAAGCAGUUUUUGAUUCAGCGAUCAAGGAAGUAAUCAAACCGCUGGUUAAACAAAAGGAGAAGGCCAAGAAAAAGAAGAAACAGAAGUCGAAUCACGGGUGUUUAUCAAAUGUUCUCUGUGGGAGGAUAGUAACUCGGCAUUGAUGAUGGCCUCGACAUUGUCUGAUGAUUUUAUAUUCCACUUUUGCGUUUGUUUGAUAAAUGAGAGAAUUACAUAUAUAGAUGGAAUCAUGGAAGAGAUUAGUAGCCUCUAAUCAAUCAAUAGUUUACCUUGAAGAGACAGAGAGAGAGAGAGCGUGAUAGAGAGCUUUUUAUUAACUCAACUAUGUUUAAUUGUUUCAAACAUGUUAUUGCAAUAUAUUUAUCCAUUUUGUUGUAACAGAGAAUAAAA